CCGACAAAGAUCCUCCAAAGCCCCGGCUUCCACCACGGCGUACGGCGCAUCCACCGUAGAGUCGAAGAUUUCCGAUACGGGCGCAACCCACACGAACCACUGCGCCAGGGAGAGGCCUCAGCAGACCCUAGAGAAGGAUACGAACAGGCUAGGAGUUUCUUCAAAUACUUUAUUGACGAGCUCAAGAACCAGGCCAAGGGGAGGCCAACGGAUGUGGCACCCCCACCAGCACCACCCAAGAAGUGA